CACAUUCUUCCAACACACUACACUUAUCUUACUAUCCUACUCUCCAUAUCUACUUCAUCACCGCUAUCACUCGCUCCUUCAUUGUUGUCUUCAAACACAUCAACCAUCGACCUCCCUCCCAUCCUCAAUACGGAAACCCUUUGGCCGCUUCUGCCCUCUUUGAUCUCACCCCUCCCCCUCAUCCUUUUGCAUCCUUCCACCACCCGUUUCUUUCAUUCAUGACCAUCCUAUCCACUCUCAUUCCUCCAUCCUCGCCUCAUUAGACCCUCGAGUCACCCUCGACCACCUGUGUCACCAACAUGACAUCGUACGAGGCCACAGCAGGACCUUCUCGUCAUUACACACCCCCUUUACCACCGCCCGUGCCCUCAAAAUCCCCUUCCCCCACUCGGGACGAUGCCACCUGGACAGAUGGUAAUGGUACAACUCCCAUGCCUCGAUCCAUGAGCGAAUCCACCAACAUCGACGAAAAGGCAGACAAUGCAAAGAGGAAUCCUCUGAUAGACCUUUUGGAUACGGAAAAGGUCUACGUUGAACAUCUCGGUCUGGUCAUCAGGAGAGUCGCAGCUGCAUGGUCAAGAAAAGACUUCCCACCACCGAAACUUGACGUCAUGUUUAGAUGCGUUGAAAGUGUAUACAGAGCAAACAGGGCGUUCGGGACGAAGCUGAAAGAAAUCGGACCUAAUCCUGCCAGUCCGAAAGCUAUCGGUGACCUCUUGAUGCGAUGGAUAGAUGACCUCGAAAUGCCUUACCGAAAAUACACAUCAACGUAUCUAAUGGGUUUCGAUACAUAUCCGGCAGUCAUGAAAAAUACCCUUUUACCCAACAUCCUGGUCGAGAUAUCCUCUUCAAAUCCCCCUCCUCAACCUUUAUCACGGUGGACCCUUGACGCUUUGUUUCUCCUACCCUUCACUCGAUUACGAUAUUAUCGCAAGCUCUACGCUCGACUCUUACGAGCGACGAAAGAGGGUCGGAGUGAUCAUCGUUUAUUGCUAGUUGCGACUGAGCGACUUGACUCACUCAUCUCGCAAAUUGAAAGUCGGCUGGAGCUGGAUGUAUCAGAGGACACUACUCCCGACCCAACCAUUUCACCCCCUCCUCCUCCUAUAGCUCGACCAGCGGAUAAUACGCAGCAAGAGAAGGAAAGACAAAGCCGGACAAGUUCAGCUUUGGACAGCUCAUUUGACAGUCAAACAAAUUCCCGCCUGGAUCCUAGGAGUUCGAACGCUUCUUCAGCCACAAGUGUCACUCACUCACCUCAACGGAAACCUCAACUUGUACCACUCACCACAACGUCCGGUCCUCCGUCCGCCACGGCACCCAUUACGGAUUUGGAACUGCGUAUCGAUACGGAGAGAGCAUUGGAUUUAUUCACCAUGCAACGGAAGAAAUGUAAAUUACAAAUGAAUCCCGUCUCAUUACCUUUCACCCGGUAUUUGCGAUCUUCGUUCGACGUAUCAAUUUACUUCACCCCAACGUCGACAGGUCAACAAGUAGUUCAUUCUCGCGCGCACGUGUAUAUACUAUCCGACUUGUUUCUAGUGGCGGAAUGGAUGGACGUGGCGGACAAAGCUGCGAAAGCUCAACAAGUCGCACAAGAACAGCCGGAACGUGUAGGUCAAGGUGGGCCGAUGCCUGAAUUGUGGCUCGUCUAUCCUCCUCUGGCAGGUAAACACCUGGUCGUUUCUGAAGGGUCGCAGGCCAAUGUGCUUCAUGUUACGAUCAUGAGGAAAGAGACGUUUGUCAUUCACACGGAAUCUGAUGUGGUUCGUGAUCGUAUACUGAAGGACUUGGCGGAGUGUAUCGAAUUUGCAGCUUCAAUGUCACGACGGAAUACAUCCCAACCAUCUCCAGCGGAUGCUCGGUCACCAUCAUCAUUGUCAGACCAUCGUUCAGCUGAGAGUCAAUUCCCACCUUUUCGUUACCCCAGUCCAUUUUCUGUUGGAUCAUCACCCGCCACCUCUCCUCGACCUUCUGAACUUCAAGAUCCUUCGCCGCCUAUGCCUUUGGGUGGUUCGAUGCUCGCUACGCAAAUGCAAAACUUCUCACUUCAACCUGGUGAGACAGUACCUUGGGGAAGAGGUCCAUCACCUCCACCUUCUACACAAACAUCAUCCCAAUCCGGGGGUAAUUCUCUACCACCUCGUGGUGCAAGUCUUCGUCAAAGAAUCCCCUCCAUAGGAUCUUCGAACGGACAUUCUUCCGGAGUGAACCAACUUGGCAUGCCGUCAAAUAACAAUCAACAUCCUUCCAUACCUUAUCCUAAUUCGUCCGAACCUAUACUUCCUGGUCAAAUACUUCCACGGUCUCUCUCUGGUCGAUCAACAACGUCUGGUCCUCGACCACCUGAACCAGAAGUUUAUCUACCUAUACCUCAGAUCCGUGGAGCUGGAUCGCAUUUAUCUGAUCCUCAUUCUUUUCCAUUACAUAAUCCUCCCUCACGUUCUCGUUCAGCUGACCCACUUCGUCCUCCCGAACCACCUUCUGCUCGAUUCUCAUCUUUCCCUUCCAGAGGCGCUUCACCAGCUCAAGAACCAGAUUCUCCACCCAUGUCACCAGUCGAAGAAGAAGCUCCAACCCUUACCGGUCCAGCUGUCAUUUCAGCACAAAUGAAAUGUAAAGUUUUCCUCAAACAAGCUCAUCAACAAUGGAAAUCACUAGGAGCUGCAAGACUGAAAUUGUACGUGCAGAAAGAAAGGAACGUCAAACAACUGGUAGUGGAAGCGGAUAGUUCUUCAAAGACAAUGUUAAUUUCGACUAUAGUCUUGACGGAUGGGGUUGAACGUGUGGCCAAAACGGGUGUAGCUGUUGAGAUUUCAGAUAGAGGUCAGAGAACUGGAAUAGUUUAUAUGAUUCAAUUGAGGAAUGAGAAUUCGGCUCAUGGGUUGUUUGAAAGUUUAUUAGCUGGAUCAGAUAGACGUGUGGGAAGGUGAGAUGAUUAUCCGCGAUGUCUUUUUUUAACGAUGUGGAUGGAUGACAAGAGUGGGUGAAAAGAGGGGUUAUACAUAGGUGUAUAGUCGUAUGACAUGCUAUUGCUUGCGGUCAGCUUCCCUU